CUCUAUUAUUCAUCGCGGAAUCACAAGCUCAUGAAUCAAAGGAUGAUUCUUAUGAAAUACUCCGGGCUCCGACCUUGGUUCGAGCAGCUUCCUGGUUUCGUCAUGGUUAUAAUGAGAGGAUGUGGCGAGCAGCGAUCUCAUUUAGCACGGGCUGACUCUACAACAGUCUGACCCAUACCCUCAGCAGCAUGGCAUGGAGAGGAGUCCUACUGGGUCUCUAUAUCUGUUUCACUUGGGAUCAACAUGUCACUUGUUUAACAUGUGAUGACGGAUACAUACCACGUGACAACAACACGUGUGUCGAUAAAGAUAAAUGCCACGAAGGUCCGUGUGGCCCUAAUGCAACCUGCAGAAACACAAUCGGAGGUUUCAUCUGCAGUUGUUUCAGGGGAUUUGUCCCGACAUACAACCAGCCAGUGAAUAAUAGGACAACGUCCUUCUGUGUUGAUAAAGAUGAAUGCCGUGACGGUCCGUGUGGCCCUCAUGAAGCUUGCAUAAACACAUUCGGAAGUUUCCAGUGCAGUUGUUUGAAGGGAUAUCACCAGAUAUCAAACCAGCUGGAAAAUAGGACGGUGUCCUUCUGCGUAGAUAUAAACGAGUGUGACUCUAGCCCAUGUGGGCCCAUGGCCGCCUGUCACAACACUUUGGGCAGUUUCUACUGCUCCUGCAGUAAAGGAUUUGACGGUGAUUGUAAAUUAGCCAACUCCUCUAAGUUGUGCUGCAGAGAUAAGGACGAGUGUCAGUCUGAUCCGUGUGGGGAUAACGCAGUCUGUCACAACACUGCUGGGAGCUUCUACUGCAAGUGCGGUAAAGGGUUUUACACUGCGGAACACAGUUUCACCGACCCCCAGGAGUCUCAAUGUAAAGACUAUGAUGAGUGCUACACCAGCCCAACCAUCUGCGGCAGCAACGCCUCCUGCUACAACACAGAGGGGAGCUUCCACUGCCUCUGUGACAAUGGGUUCGCCCAACAGUCCGGCAAGAGGAACUUCACUGGCUACGGGGGCCGGUGCAAGGAUGUUAACGAGUGUCUAUUGAACCCAUGUGGCGCCAAUGCCAGCUGUAAUAACACGGUGGGCAGUUAUACCUGUGUCUGCAAUCUCGGAUAUAUUUCAUCAUCAGGGGGGAGCAGACGGAAUCCUGGUGAUGUCUGUGUCAAAUUUGACUGUCCAAGCCCUGUUUCUACCAAGUGCCCAGCAGUGCCCAAGGAGGUGGGACCAGUACAGACGGGUGGGUCUGGCGUGGAGUCGGCGGGGGUAACAGACGACCCGUUUUGCUCCAUCAUGGGCUCUCUGCAGCAACACAGUGUGUGUGAAAGGUUACAGAGUGAAGAGGACUUCGACCUCGAGCAGCAUUUCCAGAGUAUCUCAUCGUUCACCGCUCGGCUGAUGGGGAACGGUUCCCUGCUGGGCAACAUGGACCGGGGGAAGCAGCAGGAGGCCUUGGCGUUGUCUCUACAGACGGUGGAGAGCUCGGUGAUGGCCAUGGUCUUCACGCUGGCCAGCGAGGAGAAGAAGAACAUGUCCUUCGGCAACAUCGAGGUCGACAUGGAGGUUCUCCGGGAUGGCAACGUUUCGGCUGCGGAAACAGCCAUGCUGUCGGCCAAUGGCAACCGGAUGGAGGUCCCCUGGCGGGCGGUCAGCCAGGGGGCAGAUCCCGGUCGUGUUGGCGUUGCACUCAUCGCCAUGUCGCACGUGGCCUCGGUGAUGAACGACUCGCUAGACGGUGAGGGGCGGCUGCUUCUCAACUCUGAUGUCCUGACGGCGGCGGCCACACGGGGAGGGGCCCGACCCCUGGUGGAGCCCCUCAGCCUCACCUUCCACAACGACAAGACCAAGAAGCCGCGGGUGGAAGUGGUGUGUGUGGCCCUGAACCACACGAGGGCUGGCAGUCACUGGUCACGCCAAGGCUGCAGGCUGAUGAAGACCAACAGCACGCACACCGUGUGCCAGUGCUCACGGCUGACCAGCUUUGCCGUGCUGAUGGCCCUGUACGAGACGCAGGACCCCUGGCAUCUGCGGAACCUCAGCCUGAUCUCCUACAUUGGGAUCAGCAUCUCCCUGGUGUGUCUCUUCAUUUCGUUCGUCACCUUCUUGGCGUGCCAGGCAAUCCAGGGCACACGGACCACCAUCCAUGCUCACCUGUGUCUCUGCCUCUUCCUCGCUGAGCUCUUGUUCCUCGUUGGCAUCUCACAGACCAGCAACAAGGUGCUGUGUGCGGUGGUGGCUGGAUUCCUGCAUUACUUCUUUCUCACCGUCUUUGCCUGGAUGUCUCUGGAGGGAGCCCAGCUCUACCUGAUGGUGGUGAAGGUUUUCAACGCCGGCUGCCUCAGAAAACGCCACAUGUUGCCGGUCGGCUACGGGCUCCCGCUGCUAAUCGUCGGCAUCUCCGCCGCGGUGUACCGGCAGGGCUACGGCACCCCCAAACACUGCUGGCUGUCCUUGGACAAGCAUUUCCUGUGGAGCUUCCUGGGCCCCGUCUGCACGAUAAUACUGAUCAACAUUGUGUUCUACUGCAUCACGCUGGUUAAGCUGGCAAAGAGGAUGUCCACGCUGAAGAAGGAUAAGACCCCACUGAAGAAGAUCAGAUCCUUCACGCUGGCGGCAAUAGCUCAACUGUUCCUCCUGGGAUGCACAUGGAUAUUUGGGAUUUUCCAUUUCCGGGAAGAAACCAUCGCCAUGGCUUAUAUAUUCACCGUCAUCAACAGCUUCCAGGGAAUGUUCAUCUUUAUCCUCCACUGCCUCCUUAAUAAACAGGUACGGGAGGAAUAUUGGACAUUUCUCACCGGAAUCCUUGGCUUAAAGGGCCCGCAGUACUCUGAGUUUCCUGUCAGCUCCUCUGUACCUUUGUGCAGUUUACAGCAGAGGCACCCCUCCAUCAAGCAGAAGUCCAGCAGCAGCUUUGCCUUGGAGUAGUGUGCAUCUUCUGACAACGCUGGAGGGGAUGGACUUGAAGCACUUUAUUACAAUGAGUUUACCUGGUGGACCUCUAAUGUGAAUCCCACCGCGGAUACCACACCGCGACGAACUGUGGCCGGAAACCUUCAGGGAUUUUGUUUCUUCCACCAUUCCUGGUGGGCCGGGAAGGUUUAGUUUAGUUUAGUUUUGAGAUAAAGUACGGAAACAGGCCCUUCGGCCCACCGAGUCCGUACCAACCAA